GUUUUGUUGUGAUCCGGAAAUUCACGCGUGCAGUUCACAUAAAACAUUAGUGACAUAAUAUGGUAAUGUUGAAUUUCGAUUCACAAUAAUUCAAGUUUAUUGCGUCUUUUAACAGCAUUUUAAUAUGUGGCCCAUCAUAGCCAGAUGCCGACAAAUAGCGAGAGUACCAUCACUCUUGGAGUCCUUCACCAACAUUUCUCGCUGCACCGGUAGUCUAUUCCAUGUGCUGGCCGGAAUCGGAUCACCUCCCUCGCCAUUGGCCAAUCAAUGUUCAAAUCAGCUGCAACUGCAAACGCCGACCAAUGGUGCCCGCGCAUUACUGAGACCCCUGACGAAUCCGAUGUUGAGUUUGGCCUGCGGAUUCAAAGUGAAAGGACGGCUAAAGCGGCGCUGCAAGGAUUGCUAUUUCGUGAUGCGAAAGGAGCGGCUGUACGUAAUCUGUAAGACCCAUCCGCGGCACAAACAGAUGUCCAUGAAAAAGCACGAUCGGAACACCUGGAUACUGACCGAUGCCACCCAGAGCCCGGUUCGUGCCUGGUAGUUGGUUAGGAUCUUUCUUGGAAUAUGUUCAAAAGCUGUAGAGAAUAAACUUGUAUGAAAUGUCA